AUGUUUGAGCUAAGAAAGUAUGGUGGAGCCACACGUCAUUCCAUGAGCAUCAGCGUGGGUGAUGCUACCUUUAAUCGCUCAUUAGUAGCUAACCGUCAAUCGCAGUGGAAGAGUCAGAAGGUAUUCAUCGAUCGGAUAUAUCAGAUAUCCAACAAUUGUCAUCCUGGCAUCGGACUGGACCAAGCAGCUGCUGAACAUAUCCAAGAAAUCUUGAUAUGUUUAUUUUUUGAAUUACUGGAAUAUCAUCCACAGACAAUCGAGGACAUGGAACGAAAUAUGCGUACCACUUUGCCGGCAAGCAUGUUCCAUUGGGUUAUACAGUUUCAAAAUACUCCUGAAGCAUUACACAGAAUUCCACGGAAAAAACUUCAUGAUAAACGAAAUGCAAACUCGAAAAGCCUGAUGUCACUUUUGCACAUGUUGCAACCAAAACUGAAGGAAUUGCUGGGUUACAAAUUAGAUGAGGAGGUAAUGCUAUACUUGCUUUCCGUUAUCGAAUACAUUGCUGCAGAUAUACUAAAGUGGACUGGAAACUAUGUGAAAAAUAUAAGGAAAUGUGAUCCCACUAUUGGUUUGCAGAAUUUGAAAAUUGCGCUUAGUGCUGAUACAAGCUUGAUGGAGCUUACAGAAAUGUUGUACAAUGAAGAAGAGACAUCCACAGCCGGAAUAUUAAAUGAUAAUGUCGAAGAUAUUGUGCAAGAAAUGUCAUAUGAUGAGGCAUCACGCGAUUUCAAUCGUGAAGAAGCUCAAUAUCUUCGUGAUCUUAAUCUCAUCAUUCAUGUCUUUCGGCGUCGUUUUGAGACUGCUUUCGAGCAUGAUGCACACUGUCUUGAUGAAAUGUUUGGCAACAUUUUGGAAUUGCAUGAAUUAACAGUGAAGGUUCAGCGAAUGUUGGAAGAUGCAAUUGAAAUGUCUGAUACUCCAUGUGUAGGAGCUGGUUUAUGGGAACUUGCGGAAGCUCAUGAAUUUGAUGUUUAUAUCGCUUAUAUGGAUUUAUUCAAACAGUCGCUGACAACUGUAAUAGAAAAAGUGUUGAACGAUGCUAAAUAUGAACAUUUUUUCUUGCUGGAAGAUCGGACACACAGUAUAACUCCUGGGGGUGAAGCGUUUCGACUUGCUGUUAAAUACGUGCUUCCUUCUCUUCUCGAAAUUCCUGUUAUUCAUUUCUUUCGUUAUGUUGAAUUUACAAAUAUUUUAUGUCAUCUGGCACGACCGCCUGAUGAAAUCGAAGAUUUAAAAAGCACGAAAAGUUAUUUUAGCGGUCUUGCUGUAAAAAUGGAGUCACUAUGUCCUUUAUUUCUGAUUAAUCAUCUGAAAACGGAACAAAGCGUUCGUGCUUUGCCAGAAUCAAAUUGCUCACGUCAGAGACGAAGGAUCCAAGAAAUUCAGCGAAGCAUUGAAUUAUGGGAAGGGAAGGAAAUUGGUUACAAAUGUGCAGAAGUUAUUAGAGAAGGUGAUUUGUUACUGUUGCGAUCUGGACCACCAUCUUCUGUUGAUACGCUGAAAAAGAACAGGGGAAUAACUAUGCGUCAUACAUUUCUCUUCGAUCAUCUUUUGGUGCUUUGUAAAACAUUACGCUCUUCAAGGCCAGAGAAGCCACUUUAUAAAUUUAAGGAUAAAGUGCUUAUACGUAAAACUGAUAUAUUCGAUCUAAAAGAUACUGAAGAAUUUCAAAAUGCCUUUAAAAUUGUAUCGCGAUCGAUAACUCAUGAACGAGGAGACAACACUUCCUGGAUUUUGCUUUGUCGAACACCGGAAGAGAAAACUAGUUGGAUGUGUGAUUUAGUCAAAAUUCAGGCGAAAAGUUCAUUAGAUCGAAUGUUGGACGCAUCGUUGAAAGAAGAAGAAAAACGAGUUCCACUAAUUUUGCCGACAUCUGACCAGUAUAGGUUCGCUGAUCAAGACUGCGAUGAAAAUAUUGUGUUUGAAGAUUAUACAUCAAGUAGUGGGAUACCAGUCGUUAAGCAUGGAACUGUUCUAAAACUUGUUGAACGCUUAACUUAUCACUUAUACACGGAUUAUAAUUAUGUGCGUACUUUCCUGACCACUUAUCACUCAUUUUGCACAUCCUCAGAAUUGUUGCAGUUGCUCAUUGAACGUUUUCAAGUACCUAUUCCGCCACAACUCCAAAUAGCUGAAGCGAAUAGUAUAUCUAGUUUGGAGCCACGUGAGCUUUUAAAUGGUCCUUGUGCCGCAGCACAUUCUCAAGGUCUGAGGAUCCAAGUUUCUCCGACAGUGCUAAAUAGAAUUGAGCGAAGUUAUCAGCGAUUUCGCAAAGAAUAUCAGCAACCAAUACAGUGCAGAGUACUAAGUGUGAUUCGACAGUGGGUCAAUAACCACUGGUAUGAUUUCGAGCAUAAUCCCGUUUUGUUGCAAAACUUAUGUUCGUUUUUGGAAGAAACUGAUUCUCAUGGAAAAGUUAUCAAUCAGUACAAGAAAUGGUGUAAGAGCAUUAAGAAACGAGUUGAUAUAAUACCGUCGGCGACACAUAGUGGUUUAGAAAGUGAACCUUCCCCAGUGGCAACCACUUCGUAUGGUCCACAGAAACCGAAGAUUUUGUGGCAUAUUGCCGAGAAAGGAGCCAUCGAAACGUACGAUCUCUUGUCAUUACAUCCAAUUGAAAUUGGUCGACAGAUAACCCUGUUACAAUUUGACCUUUAUAAAGCUAUUAAACCCAUCGAAUUGGUUGGUUCAGCAUGGACGAAAAGGGAUAAAGAUCUUAGAAGUCCACAAUUGCUUAAGCUCAUCGAUCAUAGUACUAUGUUAACUUAUUGGGUUGCUCGCUCUAUUGUGGAAACUUGUUCAUUGGACGAGCGAGUAUAUAUGUUCUCACGAGUGCUAGAAAUAAUGUCCGUUUUCGAAGAACUCAACAAUUUCACUGGACUCGUUGCUUUAUAUUCUGCUCUGAAUAGUAGCUCUGUAUAUCGGCUUAAGGCAUGUUGGGAGAGAAUUGAUCGGGAAAAGCAAGUAUGGUAUGAAAAAUUCAAGAAACUGUGCAAUCCGCACUGGAAAGAAAUGAUUGAACGAUUGAAAAGUAUAAAUCCGCCUUGUGUCCCAUUUUUUGGUCAUUAUCUUUCCAAAAUCUUUUUUUACGAGGAAGGGAACAGUACAUUUGUACAGAGCGAAGAUCUCACUCAUGAGCAGAUUAGUGCUGAUGGUAACACAUCAGUUGUGGGUGCAACAGGUCGUAAAGUAAUGGUGUCUUUUGUGAAAUGUCGUCGGAUAGCAUCAAUUAUCAGUGAUAUCCAAAUGUAUCAGAAUGAAUCGUAUGCAUUGGAAGUGGAGCCAAGCAUAAGGGUAUCAGUUACUGCCAACGCGGAUUUAAACGAAUCAAUUGAACCAGUAGCAGUUGUGGUAGGAAGCGCCCUCUGA